ACUACUCCUUUCGUCCUAAAACUAUCAAAUAACUACAAAAAAAAAAGGCAAGGAGUGAUUUAAGUUUUAUACGGAGUAUAUUCAUCCUCAAAAUUUAAAAAAGUUGGGCUUAUAACUCUAAGGAGUAGAAGGAGGGAGUAUCAUUCUUCUUCAUCAGAGGAACUCGCCAGAUAUAUUGUGCAAUGUGUUCUUCUUCAAGUUUGGAAUGGCCAGUAUUCGCGGAGUCCAAUAUCCCCACUCGCCUCGCCAUCCCUAUUUCUCCCAACGCCACCGCCAGAGAUUUCAUGAGAGUAUUUGAGAGAGCACACUUGAAUUGUUUCCCUGAACAUGGAGAAAUUGUGGCAAAUGGGUUGAUGGUCCAAAGGAAAUCAAACUUAUACCACUUAUCUGAUACUCUGCCCUUAAAGCACGCUUUUCAGCACACAAAAGGAGAAUGUAAAAGGAAAAGAGUUAGGAAAAAUAAUGCUGCUAUUUCGUGCUCAAUAAAUAAGCUGCACAUUUUGUCGGAUGAGAAAUUUAAUUAUGAUGCAUUAUCAGAAAGCAUGUCAGUCUCGGGUAUUAUUACGAAAUAUUUCUCCUGUUAUGAUGAGGUGAACUCAACUUCGGUGUUUUCCUAUUCAAAAGUUGAAGGCGAACAAACAGAAAAGCCGAUUGUUAAGACUGAAGAUAACUGUCUCGGAUUUGAUAUUUGUACACCACCUCCAUUUACACUGAGGAUCCCUCCAGUGAUACAAAGUGUUCCUCUGGCCAGUGAAUCUGUUUCUGUUGUCUCAAGCAAGGUCAAGAAAGCUGAGAUUGGGAAGCGUCUUUUAACUGCCACAAAGAGUCUUGGGCUUAAUGUGAGUAACAGAAGUCCUGGGCUUCCUCUUAAUAGGAUUUUAGCAUAUGAGAUCACGGAUGAGGACGAAUGAAGAUCACAGUGCUUUUCUUUUUGUUCAAGGGGAAAAGCCGGUGGUUAGAACUGAAGACUACCUCCAUUAAUUAAGAUUGAAAAAACCUCCAGAAAUGCGAAUUUUCCUCCGACUCAUGAUUCACGAAACUGUUUCUGUAGUUUCAAGAAAGCUGAAAUUGAGAAGCAUCUUAUAACUGGCACUAAGAAGCUUGGGCUUAAUGCAUAUGAGAUCACUGAUGAGGACGAUUGAAGCUGAUCGCAGUGCACUUCUUGGCUACAGUUUUACAAAGGGAAAAUGUUCAGAGUGGUGUUGUUUUGCUCAAGGAGUAUUUAGGAAAAGCUCAAGGUAGCCCUGUGGCCAUUCAUAUAAGGGCUACUGGAUCAAUACAAACUAUAAUGCAGCAUAAAACCACAAGGCGUCACUGAUUGUCAAGAUAUAGCCCAUUUGGUUUCUCUCCAUUUGCUCAAUAUGUAGCCAAUCUUACCUCACAUAGCAAGGUCAAACCCCGCAUUUCUAAUGGACUGCAGGAAAAAAAGUUGCCCAACUCCUCAGUUAAUGGGGCUCAAAAACAAACACAAGAACAGUCUUGCAUUCUCAUUCUUCCAGUGAUGAAGAGUUUGAAGGAACUACUGUCCAAGCAGACUUUGAGGUUUUUGACCCAAAGCCUGAUGGCUUUCACGGGGUGAAGCUUCUCCUGCAGACCUGCCUUGAUAAUAAGCAGUGGGAUUUGAGUGGUUUCAUAAACUUAAUUCUGGGACAUCCCACUGUAGGGACUGUUAUUAAAAUAGCUGACGAUGAAGAUGAGGGAAUUUACUCUGUUAUCAGUGCCAUUGACUUGUGAAGAUAUAAGGAAAGUAGGUGUAUAGUGAAGCUGAAACAGUUCCUUCUUAAAGCAUGCCCAGACCAGAAUGUGCAUGCUCUCUACUUGAAGAUCAAUCUGAUGAUGUUGGACUCUUACACUAUGUUUGGUUCAAGGAAUUUGAAAGAAAAAGAAAAGAAAAUAGUUUUCCCUCAUUUUUUCAUCAAAAUGGGAGGAAUCUGGUUUCCCUCCUUAACUACUUUUUGCCUUUUCAUUUUCUUUUCCUUCCACUUUUUUCUUCUUUUCCUUUCCAACUAAACAAAAAAAAAUGUAUUCUUUCUCAUUUUCUUUUCCUUUCCCUCACAAAUUCCUUGAACCAAACACAGUGUUAGUUUCCCAACGUGUAGCAAAUCUUCCACCACAGCUUUUGCAGUAUAUAGAGAAAGGAUUCCUAUCAUAUUCGGGAAUCAAAUAUAGAAGUUAAUUAAAAUGCAAAGUCUUAUCAUUAAUGGUCUAACAAGAGUCAUACUUGGAAAAGUUUUGAAGAGCAGCAUCAAUGUUUCACAGACUGCAUCCUUCAUGUCCCAGUAACUUAUGUUUGUAUGUCAAAGAUAUUGUGAUUUUGGUGGCAGGUACAUUCAGAGUCAUAUAUACUUGGAAAGUUCAAUUCAGUAACAUUAGUGAAAAAACCCAAUGGUCACUAUUUCAAGUAGAGUUGAUAAAUCAAUAGCUCAGGUCGGG